AGGAGAAAAAGAGAGUCAUGACGUCCUAUUAUAUGGCAAAGGAAAACUUUUACUCUUAUGAAUCCGAUUCAAGCCAUGGAGGAGACCAAAACCUAGUUGGAGAAGAUGGUGACUAUGGAGUUCAACCAUGGUAUGGAGAUGACUACGCCAGCUCUGAGUAUGAGGAAGAACCAGGAGGUGAAGAGCAUGAACCAGAGCCACCAGACCGUUUCCCUACAAGCCAGCACCAUACCGAGCCUCAAACCGCAACAACAACUUGGAUUCAACCGAAUCCUUAUGUUUAUGAAGAUGAGUAUGAACGUGAAGGAGAUUCUUAUGUAGGAUACCAGUACCGUUCUCCCAAGCGCAAAGAGAAUUCUAGCCACCACGGAGUUGCCUCAUACCAAGUGCAUACUCGCACCUCAUCAGCCAGCCCAAAGAAGCGAUCUAACAAGGUGUGUGAUUACACAUCUAAUUCCUUAAUCUUUACAGGAACCAGUAAAGACCCUGAGGUGUAUUUGAGAUGGGAGACCAACAUGAAGCAGUGGUUGCGCUCAAACAACAUACCUAAAGAAGAAAAGCUGUACUAUGCCCUUAGUAAACUUAAAGGAGAUGCAUAUGAAUGGUGGUUAAGAGAGGAUGCUGCUACUUACUACACUACCAAAGCUGUUCUUGAUUGGGGAACUCUCAAAUCCAGAAUGUAUAGAGAGUUUACAAAGAAGUACCAGCCCCGUAUUCGCACCACCAAGCCCUUAUACAUGGAAACGCCAAAGAAAGUGGUGACUACACCAAAACUGCAGCCUAUCUUUCAGCCAAUGAAUGCACACAACCAUGAGCCAAGGAGAGCGUCUUCAUGCACCCGGGAGACUCCAAUAAAGGCUGAGCAGUUUGUUCAAGUAAAAGAGGUUCAACAAGAUUCACCCGGAACACUCUUACAUGAACUACAAGGAAAAGUGAAUCGAGGUAAGUCCUCUAACUCAGUCUUGAAAAAUCCUACCUGCUAUAAAUGUCAUAAGAGAGGACAUUUUGCUGCCAAUUGCCCUCCAAAACAAGUAGAUAAAACGUCACAAAGUAUAGACGAGAUGUUUUCCAAAUUAAUUGAUAUGUUGACACCAAAAAUUAAAACUCCCAAUUCUGUCAUAUCACACUUGUCUUUGCCAAAAGGUGUUGAUGCAGGUUCAAGUCGUACUAUGGAGAAAACGGCUGUGUUGAUAAGCCAAGAGACUACAUGUUGUGAUUUAGAUUCACAAGCACCACAUCAAUCUGUCAUUACGAUUCAACAGGGCAAAACACCUACUCUAAAGCAAGAAACAAACUCCAAUAUGAUUGGAAAUCAAGGUAAGUUUCUUGUACCUAAAGAUUUCAAAAGACUAACUUGUUAUAGGUGCAGAAAGAAAGGACACACAGCAAAUUUAUGUCCCACAAUGAGAGAUGAAGCAAAAACAAAACCAGUCACACCAAGUCUGAACCGUGAGCCACAAGUAAAUGCCAAACCUAUCACGGAAUCUCUCACUGUAAGUUAUAGUGAUACUUUUCUUAAAUUGGAUAAGAACUUUGAAUAUGUGCUGCAAUUACCUAAGUCCAAUGUUGAACAAGAGUCUUUAGAUGCUGAGGUGAAACAAGAAAUUGUUUCAAUUCCGAGAAGUGAAAAGGAGCAAUUCAAAAAUUGUCAAUUCGAUUUACAUGCUUCCAUGACUGUUUUAACACACUUGUCUCUUGUCAAAAGUGUUGAAGUUAUUACAGGUACAAAGGAUGACCACAAAGGCGAUUCAUUGAAAAGUAAGGAAUUCAUGGACCAAAACAAAAAUCGUGAAGAGUACACGCCUUUACUUAUCAAACGAGCUGCCAAUGGGGAUGAUAAUUUCAAUGAAACCGUUCAGAUCAAGGAGAAGCCACCCGAUGAAAAACCACUUGAACCGAUCCGAGGUAAGCUUCUACACCCUCAUAUACUUCAAUGGACUAACUUGACUUAUCUAUGUGUAGGAGAUCAAGUUUUGAGGACAAAACUUCUUGAAGAGGGAGGGUAUGAUGCGGUCAUCAACCCAAGAACCAACCAUGGAGAAGAUUAUGGGCGAGAAGCAACAACCCAGGAGCAGCCAAGUGGGAUUUUUAACCAAGUUUUAUCCAAAACUUCAGGCCAAAGCCAAUUCAGCCUACCCGAGAAGACCCCUGAGCCUUGUUCAGUCCAGACGAAGUCCAAGAUCAAUUCAUCCUGCCCAGCGAACACUUGGAAUGCAUUCUCAGCUCAAAUACCGAGCACCUCGAAGAAGAAUCAGCCAAAAAAGAGUUCACACGAAGGAGUUAUUCCAUUUACAAGUCGGGUGAUUCCCAGCUUACCCGAUUUGGACAUAUACGGAGUAAUUGGAGGAUUCCGACCCGAAAAGAAAGAUUUAAGCUACGAAGUGAAUGUUUCUGCAUUCUUGACUCAUCAUAGGAGCUCUUCGAGUUGGAAUCAAGUCAAAACCGAUUUUGGUUUAGGAGAUAUUAAUUUUCCAAACCAGAUGAUUCUCGGCUUGCCUUAUUUGGAAGCUGACGGGUUUAGUCACUUGCAAACCAAACUUUGGCGUCCAGGAGAGUUUCUAAUACAACUAGAGGCUCCUAAUAUCACCUCAAGCUUCAUUCUCAGCCAUUGUAUUAAGUGGAUUCAAUCUUGCCUAAUCAUACACCAAGAGUUACCAUAUAUGGACCCGAGAGCAUUCAAAGCCCAACCCCAACGGCUAUCUUCUGAUUUGGUGCGACUUAAGGGAGUUAUUAGAAGAUUAAUAAGCCAUGGAAUCAUCCAGAAGCUUUCAAGAUAUAAAAGCCCACGAGUUUCCCUUUUUGGACCAAGCAUUCAAGCCUAACGGCUACAUUAUAUCAAAGACAAUCCCUUUGAUAUUUCUCAUUCAUUUGAUCGUGUAUUUUCUUUCCUUUUUGAAUUAUUAGACUGUUAGAAAUGCCUAGAGGUCGAGCCUAUAAAGCUCAUGUCACUUGUAACAUUUUUAUUCACCCUUGAUCAUAUUAAAGUAAUAAGAACAUUUUCUUCUUGUCAAA